AUGCUUGUGGAUAAUAAUGACAUAGAGAAGACAACGACUUUACAAAAUGUAAACAAAAUUGGUCAAAAGCAGUUUAGGAUAAGUGAAAAAUGCUUUGAACAUAUAAAAAACUAUGCAGAAAAAUUGUUUUCCAAGUGUUUUCAUUUUGUGAAAGAAUCUAAAAGUGGUAAACAAAAAGCCAAGAAAGAUGCAUUUAUCUAUGCCCUGUCUGCACUUACAAUUCUAAGCAAUUUUGGUGUUGAUGUAAACGAUCAAGUUGACAUGCUUGAGGAUGCAUUUAUUUCAAGCGAAUUAUUUAAGGAAAAGACUAAACAAAAAACGUGCAAAAUUCAAAGGAAGCAUCAACAUUUCACAGAAAACAAGAAGCAAAAAUGUUUAGGCACAGUUGAAUCCAGAGAUUCUUUAUGUGAAAAAGAUCAAGAAGCAAAUGAAGUGGAUUUGCAACAUAUAAUAGGAAUGAGAUGUCACUAUGAAGAAAAGUUGUUAACUUCUAAGAAAAAGAAAACAAUUGAGGACAGAAAAUCAUCACUGAAAAAAGGUAUUGAACCUCAAAAACAUACGCUAAUGGUUGUCGAAGAAGAGGUUGAAGAAAGUGUUGAGGAUGAAAUUUUCAGUGAAGAUAGUGAGUCGUAUGUACCCUCCCGAAAAUCUUGUAAACAUGAAGACUUAGAUACACUGUUAAAAAAGGAUACUGGACAUGAUGAUUUCAAAAAAACUGAUUUAAAGACAGACACUAGUGGACAACGACAAAGGUCACCUAUACGAAGACGAAAAUCACAAAUCCACUUUGAUAAAGAAGAGGUUCUAUCAAAAAUCAAAGAUUUUUUAGAGGAACAGAACAGGGAAUCACAGACAAUGGCCUCUCCAUCAUUAUGUUUAGAAAGUCUUGCAUUAGCCCUCCAAGAUCCGAGUAAAUUAUCAAAGGCUGAAUUAGUUCUUUCAAUGUUCGAAAAAGAAUUUAGUAUUCUGGAAUCAGAUCCGUUUCAACUGAUUAUGCGCAUCAGAGAUCAAUUGGAUUCUGGAAAACUGUCAGGCAAAGCAACUCCGAUUGAUAAAAUGUUCAAUUUGUUGAGCGUUCUACUUGGCUCGGAAACUAACGAAAGUGUAGCUGAAGAGUUAACUAGUAAUGAUGAAGGUUUAUCAAAGAUGACGCUUUUAGAAAAAGCUGAAUUUUAUCGUCAAAAAACAAAAAUACUUCAGGAGUUGGCUGAUGAUGUUGAAACUCAACUAAAAUAUAAUCAAGCUGUAAUAAACAGCCAAAAACCAUCACAAAGAGCUAUUUGGUUUACUUUACAAUCACAAGCUGAAGUUACCAGAGAAUGUUGUGAAAAAAUUGUCUUUUUGUACAGCCAGAAUGCAGUCACGUCAAAAUUAGCUUCAAAUAUAGUUGAAGAUUUUAUAUUAAAUAUUUUAGACUGUAUAGCAAUUCUAGAAAAUGAUGAGUUACUGUCAGACAAUGAACAAAACACAGUAUAUGGAGAAAUAAAAGAUAUGUUCAAUGUAAUAAAUUUAUUCAUUCUUUCGUCGAGUUGUCUUUCUAGCAGACUACAGCCAUUUUUACAUCUUGACGAUGACGAUCCAACAGUGAUAUCAAAUAUUCAAACUACGAAACAACAGUAUGACUUAAAUGUGAAACUACCGUCAUCUUACGAUAAACUGAUUGACAGUGAAUUACUAGCAAAUUUUCUGACAACAGAAUUCCUCACAGAUAGAUAUAGAAUACCAUUGGAAACAAUAUAUACAGAUUUAACUGGCCACUUCAAUGAUGAAAGGAAGAAAAUGAGUGAUUUUGAGGAAAAGUUGCGUCUAAAGAAGAAAUUAGAAUUGAAAGCAAGGAAAACAGUUAUGACUCAAAAUUUGGCUGAUAUCAAGAAGACUUUUAAAGAUCCAUCAAAACAUUUGGACCCAAAUUCUCCACUUUGUCGAAUUGGCAGACAACUGAGAGCUGGAAUAAGUCAGUUAUCUGAUCAAGUUGAUGGAAGAUUCAGGUUUGCAGAAGCAGAAAGAGAUAUAAUGGCCUACGAGACUGAUAAAAUACAGAUCAGUGGUGAGCAUAGUACCUAUGAAAGUAAAGAAUUACAGAAGAAAGAAAUUGCUGUAAUACAAGCUCGUUAUUCGUCAACAAAAAAACCUUUAAUUUUGCUUGAAGAAGAAACCUAUGAUUUGAUAGAUGAAGGGGAGAUAAGGACAAAUGACCAGCAAUACUUAACGAAGAGUAAAGCUGGAGAAACAACCGAUGAUAUAGCAAUUCUACCUCCUAGUAGGAUUAGGAGACAAAACUUAACAGUCGAAAGUGAUCAACCUUUCAUUAUUACAAGUACACCUCAACGAUCAAUACAGCGACAAUUAUAUCCACUUAAAUUCGCACAGAAACCUUCAAGAAGAAAGAUGUUAGGAAGAAGGACAAAAGGUAGUCAUGCUCUUUUACCAGAAGACUCGAAGACACAUUCUUAUGAAAAGUCGAAACACAUUACAGUUAGUAGUUUAGAAGCUAGGGCAGUAAAUGCAUUGCGUUCAUUACAAGAUGUAAAGAAACAGGCAAAUGGAAGAUUACAUAAAGAGGCUCGGAGUAAAAUAAAUCCAAUCCAGUACAGUGUGGUUACAUCAGAGGAAUCAGACAGUCAAAUGGAAACAACUUCUGUUAUCUCCUCUGUUCAGAUGAUGACACCUACUUCUAAAUUACGAUCAAUGUCAGAAGCUGCAUCUCCUUUUAGUUUUCGUGUUUUUCAACAUAAACCUUAUAAUGCACGUAAAACACCAAGGAAUAAGUCAAAAAGCGUAUUCGAUUUAGGCCCUAGAAGCUUGGGACUAACUUCUGAAAAAGAUGUGGAACAAAAAUCACCAAGUGUUUGGACAUGUUUUGAUAAAGUAUUGGCAUCGAGAACUGUUUCAUCACCAAUAUCAGAAGAACUAAUCAGAAAAAUGCCUAAAAAAGAGAUACCGGUAUCAGAACAAAUGAGUGACAAAGACCAACAGUCUGAACAGUUAGGCCAUUGGCCAUUGGAUAUCGGCGAAGAAACAUCCAACCAACAGUGCACUGCAGCGAUUUUGGACUUAGUAGAGAAUUUUAAUAUAUCGAAAUUGGUGGGAAAAAAGUUAUUUGGAACGUUGGAUCGACGGCAAAAAGAACCUAUAAAUGAUGGAAUGAAGUUUCAUUCUGGUUCUCUUGCAGCUGUACGUCAUUUGCAGUAUAUGCUACCUGCCGAAGAGUUAACUCGUUUGUUGACAGAAAUCAAAAGUAGAAAUCCUACGCCUGAAACGAUUAAAUUAUUUGAGAAUAUACUUUUGAAGGCUGUUCAAAAAGCUCAAUAUUCAGGAUGUAUGGAAGCAGUUGGAGCACGUGGUCAAUCAAAGAUAUUGCAUGUCGAUUUGAAUCGUACACGAAUACCAGUUAAAAGUGGUCUACCUUUAAAACAAUCAGAUGCGUUGCAUAGUAUGCACAAAAAAUCUCACUGUCGAUACGAAACACUGGCUAGAAAAAGGUAUCAAAACCUAGGUCUCUCAAUUUCCGCUCACAUUGAAAGAAUGCAGCUCGUUGAACGUAUACACAAAUCAAUUCAACAAAGAGCUAAUCAAAGAAUUCAAAACUCGAUUGAACAAUGUCUCAGUAAAUUUAUAUAA